AUGCUAGGACGCUCUGCUGUCUCUCUCCGCCUAGGCGACUGGCUGCCAGGCCCAAACACAAUCAGGCCGCCCUCUCGUAUACGUGGCAGUCUCCCCGCUUCCCGGAUCCGACGAGCGGACAUCCUGUGCACACGACGUUCGUUUGCAGUGCUCAACUGUGCUGGAAUUCUCCCAGAGCGCCCUUCGCUUGCGACAAUUGCUCUACCUGUAUUCAUGGCUAGCACCACAUUGACUCCUCGUCGCCCGCACUCGAGCCAGGCCAAGGGGACGGAUCCCGCACCUAAGCCGGGGGACCAUUCCGAUCGCCAUCAUGACCACCAAAGUGCCCAUGAGCAGCCGCACUCACAUUCACACUCGCAUUCAAUAUUCGGAGCGAUGACCCACACGCAUGGGCCGGGGGAGGAUGGGCAUGGACAUGAUGCAGAGCAGAUCGUGCAGGCAUUGCAAGGUGGAGGCGACAGAGGGAGCCGCAUUACCGUCAUUGGGUUGUUUGCAAACGUCGGGCUGACAGUCUCCAAGGGUGCCGCGGGUUGGUAUAUGAACUCGGCGUCCCUCCUGGCCGAUGCGGGCCACUCGCUGAGCGACCUGCUGGGAGACUUCGUCACUCUGCUAUGCUACAAGCUCUCCCGCAGGCCUCCGUCGGAGCGCUAUCCGUAUGGCUUCGGCAAGUUUGAGGUGCUCGGAACAGUGACUGUCUCGCUGCUUCUCACUGGGGGUGCCCUUGGAAUUGGGUUCCACUCCUGGGGUCUGCUCAUGGAAACGCUUUCGCAGACAGCGACGGCCCUUCCCUCCGGCGCGAUGCAUGACGUGCUCAUAUCUGUCUCGCAAACCGCGCAGACCGUGCCUUCCGUCGUGAGCGAGCAUGUGCACGCGCACGGACACGGACACGGUCAUGCACUGGACCCGAACGCGGCCUGGUUUGCCGCUGCGAGCGUGCUCGGAAAGGAGUGGCUGUAUCGUGUGACGAAACGAGUGGCAGACGACCUACGCAGUCCUGUGCUGUUUGCGAAUGCGAUACACCACCGGAGCGAUGCGUACUCGAGUCUCGUCGCCCUUGUAGCCAUUCUGGGCACCUGGUGGUUCCCUCAUCUACCACUUGAUCCUAUUGGAGGAAUUGUUGUAUCCAUUUUGAUCAUCAAGCAAGGGUGGGGCGUCCUCAUAGGUGCUUUGCACCAGCUGACAGACGGGGGCGUGUCUGCGAAGACUCGCACGGCGCUGUCGGAGUCUCUCAAACCUCUCCUGCCCAUUUCCCACAAUCCCGUAGAUGUGCAAUCAACCUCUCGUGGCCUAUCGGAUACGCAAAUCGAACACCACACCGAAAAUCUCCUGGCGAUCCGAGACUUGCGCGCGAUGCGCACGGGUGCGCUCAUGUUUGUCGACCUUGUUGCGGACGUCCCGCGCACAUUGGAUGUGGCAGAGACAAGUGCGCUAGAGGCACAGAUUACGCGGACGUUGAAGGCGGCACGGAAAGAGAUUGCAGAGGUGAGGGUGAAGUUUCGCCCUGUUGAUGAGGAGGUACUCCCCCACCACGGACAUCAUCCUACAUAUGAUCCUGAGCGUCAUCACAAUUAA